AUGUCGUUCCUCGCUCAUACAAAGUCGCCCUUCUUCAAUCCAGACAGAAACCCGAUCCUCCAUUUCGCCCUCAAGAAAACCUUCUACGCCCAAUUUUGUGCUGGCGAAACCCGGUCAGAAGUCGACAGUACCAUUGCAAAUCUCAACAGCAUCGGAUUUAAAGGCGUGAUAUUAGGUCACGCGAAAGAGGUUGUUUUGAGUAAGGAGGAUGAACAAGCAUUAGAUUCGGCACAAGACUGUGGUGAACAGGCACGAUGUAAUGCACAAGAGAUAUCUGCCUGGAAGCAUAACACCAUCGAGACUGUGGACCUUGCCCGGCCGGGCGACUUCGUGGCGCUCAAGUUCACUGGGGCGGGACGUCAAGCGCUUCAGCAUCUCAAAGCAACUAUUGCCUGCUCUCCUGAGUUCGAAGCAGGAGUGCAUGACAUCUGCAAGCGCGCACAGUCGAAGGGAGUAAGGCUCUUGUUUGAUGCUGAGCAAGCUUCGUUACAACAAGGCAUCGACAACUGGACCAUGUACUUUGCAAAGAUAUACAACAAAGAAACGGCGUUGGUGUAUGGCACAUACCAAGCCUAUGCGAAGAGAGCACCAAGAAUUUUGGCAGCCCAUCUUGAACUGGCAAGCAAAGAGAAUUUCGUUCUGGGAGUCAAGCUUGUCCGGGGAGCAUACCUGGGUAGCGAUCCACGAGAACUUUUCUGGCCAACGAUUGAAGAGACCCACAAGUGCUACAACGGUAUUGCGCAGAGCAUCAUUCAGAGAAGGUAUGGAGACGUCCUGCAGCCGGUCGAAGGAGGAUCUCCUGAGUUUCCCCAAGUGAGUCUCGUGCUGGCGACCCACAAUGCCGAAUCUGUGAAGCUGGCUCUUCAACUUCGCGACGAGCAAGCCUGGAAGGGCGAGCCACGGAUUGAGUUGGCAUAUGGUCAACUGAUGGGGAUGGCGGAUCAUGUCAGCUGUGAGGUGGUACAAGCAGCAAGGGCCCGAGCAGAGGCCGAGGGUGCCAACGUUGAGAUUCCAAACGCGUACAAAUAUGUGGUCUGGGGCAAACUGGGCGAAUGUAUGAAGUACCUUCUCCGCCGGGCUCAGGAAAACAAGGAUGCUGUGUCCAGAACAGUCGAAGCAAGGCGGGCCCUGAGCCGAGAGUUGGGCAGCAGGAUGGCAUUUUGGCGCUGA